AGCCUCUCUUGGUGCCACGAUCAUUGCCCAUUAGUGCCGCAGUUGUUGCAAUGUGGCGCCCAGAUCCAGGACCCUGUGUGGCACAGGUGGCAGAUUGGGGUGAACAUCCAGAUGACGUCGAGUACAUGCGACAGUUGAAGGCCUUGCCGAAGAAGGUCUUGAAGAGGCGGGAGGUUAUUGCCAAGGACGUGGACAUCAAGCGUGUGUGCCUGAAGCAGGGUAAGAUCCACUUCUCGGUGGCUUGCUGGAACCUCUCCGAGUAUUCUCGCAGCGGAGGAUUGCAGGAUCAGGCAUCGAGCUUGAUCCAUGUGUUCUACGAGUCCAAGGAUGAGCGGAAGGUGCUGAAUGCCUUCUCCUCUGCUGGCAUUGAUCUUGAGUCCAUGGAAGCAGUCCCAGUAGAUCCCAACUCAAGUAAGAGACAUGAGCAACAGAUCAUGUACGCGAAGGAAUGCCUGUAUAUCCAGGAUGAGAACACCUGGGAGGAAGGCAAACCCUUGUCACCAGAGGAGGUGAAGCAGAGGUUCCAAGGUCGAAUGAAGUGAACGCUGCAACGUAUAAGGGGAGCUGUGGGUGGAUCUUCACACAGUCUACUACAGUCUACACGAG